AUGAUGAGCAGCUGGCUCCUCCUUGCUGCCCUCACUGUGUUUCUGGGCCCCCCAGCCACCACGGCACAGAAGAGGAACCAAGCGGUGUGUGAGGACGUGCUGGAGGCCGACAUCGCCUUCCUGGUGGACGGCUCGUCCAGCAUCGGCAGGGGAAAAUUCCGUGCCAUCCGUACCUUCAUGGAGGAGCUGGUGGAGCCCUUCGUGCAGGCGGUGGGCGAGAAGGCCGUGCGCUUCGCCGUGGCGCAGUACAGCGAUGAGCCACGGGUGGAGUUCUCCUUCUCCCAGCACACUGAUGGCGUGAGUGUCCGGAGGGCCAUCCAACAGCUGAGCUACAAGGGAGGCAACACUCGGACCGGCGCUGGCUUCCGUUACGUUGCUGACAACUUUUUUGGCCCCAUGCAGCUUCGACCUGGGGUCCCCCAGGUCUGCAUCCUCAUCACGGAUGGCAAGUCCCAGGACGAUGCUGAGGGGCCGGCAGCAAAGCUGAAGAGUCAGGGCAUCAAGAUCUUCUCUGUGGGAGUCAAGAACGCUGACCACAAGGAGCUGAUCCGUGUGGCCUCAAUGCCCACUGAAGCCUUCUUCUUCUACGUUGGUGACUUCAAGCUGCUGGGGACACUGGUGCCACUGAUGACACGCAGGGUGUGCACGAGCGUCGGGGGUACCCUGCGCCCACUGGGUAUGGGCCCCCUCCUCCCUAUGGGCCAAGCCACACUGGCCCUUACCGGAUACGGGCGCAAGCAGGGGCCGCUGGCGGGGCUGGGGCAGCCGCUUGUGGCAGAGAGGCAAGAGGUGAGCCUGGGGCCGCGGGAGACCAGCGCUGUGCUGCAGGGGCUGCGCACGGGGACAGAGUACCUGGUCACUGUCACUGCCCAGUACGCCAACAGCAUCGGCGAGUCUGUGUCCAGCCGAGCGCGCACCCAAAGCCGCACCAGCACCGUGCUGGAUUUUCGUGUGGUGGAAACUGGACCAACCUUCCUACGGCUGGCCUGGCAGCCAGGACCUGAGCCCCCCCAGGGCUAUGGCCUCAGCUACGCUGUGAAAGGAGCAGCCCAGGGGGAGGAGAAGAGCCUGGGGGCCAGUGCUCAGUCGGCCACUCUCAGCAACCUGCGCCCUGACACGGAGUACACGGUGACGCUCCGACCCCGACACACACAGCAGCAGCCUGCUGUCCCUGUCACCCUCACUGCCCGGACACGGCGUCCUGUGGGUGUGCAGCACCUGGCUGUCCACAACGUCUCAGCACAGAGCAUGCUGCUGGCCUGGCAGCCUGUCGGUGGUGCCACUGGCUACCGGCUCUCCUGGGCAACCCUCACAGGGCGUCCUGUGGGUGUGCAGCACCUGGCUGUCCACAACGUCUCAGCACAGAGCAUGCUGCUGGCCUGGCAGCCUGUCGGUGGUGCCACUGGCUACCGGCUCUCCUGGGCAACCCUCACAGGGCAGGACAGGCACAGGGUGGACCUGGAUGCUGGGAGGACUUCACACGCACUGGGGGGGCUGCAGCCCCACACUGACUACGUGGUGAGGGUGGCCCCACUCUUUGGGCAGCUGGAGGGGCCCGUGGCCACUGUCCAGCAGAGGACGGAGGCAGCUGGGGAGCAGACACUGCGGACCAACAUCCUAGGCCCCACGUCCAUCCAGGUGCUCUGGACCAGCACCCGUGAUUCCCGUGGCUACCGCCUGGAGUGGAAGAGAGCCACAGGACCAGAGCCCCCCAGGACAGUAUCACUCCCCAGCAGUGCCAACACCUACCAGCUGACAGGGCUGCAGCCGGGCACUGAGUACCGCAUCACCCUCUACACUCUCUACGAUGGUGGGGAGGUGGCCACCCCUGUCACCACCUUCCAGACAGGUGUGGAUGUGCCCGUGGGCACCGUGUCAGACCUGCGGUUCGUUGAGGAGUCGGGCAGGCAGGUGCGGCUGGUCUGGACCGGCGUCCCUGGUGCCACUGAGUACAAAGUGGUGGUGCGCAACAACCAGGAUGGUACAGAGAGGACAAGGCGUGUCCCGGGCAGGCAGACAUGGCUGGAGCUGGGUGACCUGCAGGAGGGCAUCACCUACCUGGUGCGUGUCUCGGCACUAGUGGGUGGCCGGGAGGGCAGUGCUGCCACACUCACCCUCCGCCUCAGAGGCACAGAGAUUAGCCAGCGGGUUCCUGGCCACACCAGCUCCUUUGAUAUCCCUGACCUGGAGGGAGGCGCCUCCUACACCGUGAAGGUGACAGCACUCAUUGGCAACCGGGAAGGCAACCCCGUCUCUAUUGUUGUCACCACUCGGCUGGAGCCGGGCCGGCGCUACCACAUCAGCAUCACCAGCCUGGCCGGUGGCCGGGAGAGCAGGCCAGCCACCAUCACUGCCAUCACUGCCGGGGGGGAGACGGGACGGACAGUGCCCGGUGCUGCCAGCUCUCUGCAGAUCUCCGGGCUGCGCCUGGGCCAGCGCUACACCUUCACCCUCCGCCCGCUCCUGGGGAGCACGCCGGGAGCAGAGACCUCGGUCAGCGAGCGCACGGUCUGCAGGGAUGCCCGCGGUGACAUCGUCUUCCUGGUGCACGGCACCCGCGACCGCUCCCCCGGGGCAGCCAUCACCUUCGCCAGGACCUACCUGCUGAGCCCUGGUGCAGGGCGCCGGCCCGGCGUGCCCGCGGUGCUGGUGGGCCUGGGCGACAGCCCCUCCGGGGAUGAUGCCAUUGCUGCAGCCAGGGAUGUCAAGGCUGGGGGAGUCCGGGUGCUGGCAGUGGGCUUGGAGGGGGCAGACCGGGAGCAGCUCCGGCGCGUGGUCACGGGUGAGGACCCACGGUACAUCUACCACGAUGGUGGUGCCCUGGCUGAGCUGGAGGGAGAGCUCACUGAUGACCUCUGCACCAUCAUCUCCACCAGGCCGGAGCCAGAACCAAAGCCGAAGCCCUGCACUGUGCAGUGCCCCAAGGGUGAGAAAGGGGACCGUGGUGAGACGGGUCGCCAUGGGCUGCCUGGCCCUCCAGGACCCCCGGGGCCACAGGGUCUGCCAGGAGAGAUUGUUGAGCGGCCUGGCAAGAAGGGGGACAGGGGACCACAAGGACAGACAGGGCUUUCUGGCCCAAAGGGGGAGAAGGGAGAGCCGGGAGAGCCCAGGUUCAUAGAUGGAGAACAGGGAAUUCCGGGCAGGAAAGGAGAGCCAGGUGUGCCGGGCAGCCCUGGCAUCCCUGGGACUCCUGGCCCACGGGGACCUUUUGGAGAUGCAGGCCCCCCCGGUCCCAUGGGGCCACCAGGACCUCCAGGAGAGUUUGUGAAGGGGGAAAAAGGUGACCGAGGGGAGAGGGGCCUGCCUGGGGACCCUGGGCCUCGGGGACCUGCUGGGCCCCCAGGCCUGAAGGGAGAGAAGGGUCCUCGAGGACCACCAGGGGAGCAGGGAAGGAAGGGAGACCGUGGGACGCCAGGCGAGCUGGGAGAGAUGGGCGAGAAGGGGGACCGCGGCGUGCCUGGCCCUGAGGGCGAGAAGGGUGAAGCAGGAGCUCCAGGGCGCCCGGGGCCAUCGGGCAGAGAGGGAGCUCCAGGACCAGCUGGCCCCCGGGGCGAAAAGGGUGCCCCUGGACUGAGCAUCCCGGGGCCAGCUGGCCCCAAAGGCGAGCAGGGCGAUCGGGGUGACCCGGGAGAGCCGGGGGAGAAGGGCGAGCCGGGCCGAGUGGGCACCCCGGGGCAGACAGGGCUGCGUGGCAAGGAGGGUGAAUCAGGUCCACCUGGCAAACCUGGAGAUAGAGGCCCCCGGGGCCUCCCUGGCUACCGUGGCCCCCCCGGGGAGAAGGGUGACUUGGGGGACCCAGGUCCUGAAGGCAGGAAUGGCAGCCCUGGAGCACCAGGCAGCAAGGGUGACCGUGGGGAGCCGGUUGAAAUGGGGCUUGGAGGAGCCGGGGAGAAGGGUGAGAAGGGGGACCCUGGGGACCCUGGUGAGGACGGCAUGAAGGGCAGCCGGGGUGAUGCUGGCUCCCCUGGCCUGCCCGGAGAGAGGGGUGUGGAGGGUCCUCGUGGCCCCCCCGGUGCACGGGGUGACCCCGGGGACCGAGGCCUGCCAGGAGAGAAGGGGGACCGUGGCCCACCAGGGCUGGAUGGACGCAACGGGCUGGAAGGCAAACCUGGGCCCCCGGGUCCUUCAGGGCUGCGGGGGGACCCAGGGAAGCAGGGGGACCCUGGCCGGGAUGCCAUUCCUGGGCUACGUGGGGAGCAGGGACUGCCGGGCCCUGUGGGCCCCCUGGGACCACCUGGCAUCCCUGGCAAACCUGGCAAUGAUGGCAAACCUGGCCUCAGCGGCAAGGAUGGCCGCAGUGGUCCCAAGGGUGAGCAGGGGGACAGAGGAGUGCCCGGCCCCCUCGGCCCUCCUGGUCUCCCCGGUGUCCCAGGGCAGGUUGGCCCCCCUGGACAGGGUUUACCGGGUGUCCGUGGGGUGGCUGGACCAAAGGGGGACCCAGGGGAGCCUGGACUGCGAGGGGAGCCGAACAUUGAACGUAGCCUGGAAGCGCUUGGCAUCAAGGUUUCAUCCCUGAAGGAGCUCACGGGUGCCUACGACGGCAGCUCGGACUCGUUCCUGCCGGUGUCCGAGCGGCUGCGGGGCCAGAAGGGCAGGCGGGGGGAGGGUGAUCGGGGUGAGAAAGGUGACAAGGGCGAGCAGGGAAGGGAUGGCUUGCCCGGCCCCCCGGGGCCCAAGGGUGAUCCAGGAGCUGAGGGCGAGCGGGGACCCAAAGGAGAUAAGGGUGAGGGUGGCCCGCGGGGCGAGAGAGGGGAGCCCGGCGAGAAGGGCAGGGACGGCGCCCCGGGCCUCCCGGGUGAGCGAGGGCUGGCUGGCCCUGAGGGAAAGCCGGGCUUGCCAGGCUUCCCCGGCGUGCUGGGACGCCCGGGCAACCAGGGAGACCCGGGACCCCCAGGACCUCCGGGCAGCACUGGCCCACCGGGGGCCCAGGGCCCAGCUGGAACCAAGGGUGAUCCGGGGGAACCUGGCUCUGGCAUCCGGGGCUUACCUGGUCCCCAGGGUGGUAUAGGGCUGCCUGGACCCCCUGGCCCCCCUGGCCCGGGGGGCCCACCAGGUGUCCCUGGGCUACCAGGACAAGUGGGGGAGAGUGGGAAGCCGGGUGUGCCGGGCAGGGACGGUGUGCCAGGGAAGGACGGCGAGGCAGGGAUGCCUGGGAAGAUGGCCAUCACUGGUCCUCCUGGUGUGAAAGGCGAGAAGGGUGAGCCAGCGCUGCCAGAGGGUGUGCUGCUGGGAGAACCCGGCUCCAAGGGUGACAGAGGCUUGCCUGGCCCUAAGGGCGAGAAGGUGGGUGCUGCCCUGAAGGGGCUGGUGGGAGGGGGCCAUGGGGCCCCUGGUCUCCUCAGCUUCCUGCCCAUGGCCAUCACUGGUCCUCCUGGUGUGAAAGGCGAGAAGGGCUCCAAGGGUGACAGAGGCUUGCCUGGCCCUAAGGGCGAGAAGGUGGGUGCUGCCCUGAAGGGGCUGGUGGGAGGGGGCCAUGGGGCCCCUGGUCUCCUCAGCUUCCUGCCCAUGGGAGCCAAGGGAUCCCCUGGAGCCAAAGGGGAGAAGGGUGACACUGGCUUGCCAGGACCACCAGGACCCCCAGGCUUAGCAGGCAUUGCUGGGACACCAGGACAGCCUGGUCUGAGAGGGGACAAUGGACAGCCUGGCCCUCCAGGUCCCCCAGGAGAGAGGGGCAUACAGGGGGCCUCUGGCCUGAAGGGUGACAAGGUAGGAUGA